AUAAUUUUGCAUUUCCGGGGAGAGAGCUGUAUGUAAACAAUACAGUUCUCUCCCCUGUCAGUUCCAGCACACUGCUUUGUAUGGCUCUGCAUAGCAGAUCUAUGCAAAGCAGUGUGCUUACAGUGAAGCACACAAACAGACAACACAGUAAAACACAGCACAGCACACAGUUAACCCUUUGAUCGCCCCAGAUGUUAACCCCUUCCUGCCCAGUGCCAUUAAUACAAUGUCAGUGCUUUUUAUUAGCACUGAUCACUGUAUUGGUGUCACUGGGGAUGUCAGUGACACUAAGCCAGUUCCCCCCCCAGUGUCAGAAUGCCUGCCACAGUCCCGCUAUA